AUGACAUCAUCAAUUUUCAGAUCAGGAUUGGUACGAUUGUUCUUCUCAGAGUCAUCUCGUGAUGCUAUUCAUACACUCAAUCUAGCCAAACUCACUGCUGCUCAGAGUAAAGUCAAGGAGAGACUGUACAUUCAAUUCGUACAACAACAAAAUCAGCAACAACAUAAUCAGUCACAACCAAUAACAAAUGUAUUGGAUAACAAUAACCCAUUCACAAAGCUUCCCAACAUUAUCAAUGUUCAAAGUAACAAUGGAGACUGCUCGCCACUGGUCAACCAACAUCUACCACGUCUGAAGCAAUUGGAGUCACUCAUCGACACAUAUUACAAGAUAAUGUAUAGACUGAACAGUGAAUUGGAUGUUACAAUCGUUCCCCACAUGGCCACUCCAUCAUCUCAACACAUUGCUCACAUUCACGCCACUCAACCAGUGCUGCCGCCACUGGAGCAUCAAGUGGACGCACUGUUUGUCGACGAAGCCGACCGUGCACACCUGUCUGGCCACACCAACCUCGUGGUCUUUGAUGACAAUGUAGCAUACCCUACUGAUCAGUAUAAGCAAUCAGUCUUUGACAAGCAUGACGGCAGCAAUACCCAUGCCUUUGCGCCAUUGUUCAAGGGUGUCGUGUUGGGUGGCACGUUCGAUCACAUGCAUCCAGGUCACAAGAUACUGUUGACCAUGUCUGCACUGCUGUGCAGUGAGUACAUGGAGAUUGGAGUGACAGACAACAGUAUACUCAAGUCCAAGAAGUACUCUGAGCUGAUUGCUCCCUUUGACCAACGUACCAACAAGACUUAUGAGUUCAUCAAACAUGUCAAUCCUUAUGUUGAGUACAAUAUGUUGAGACUGUUGGAACCUUAUGCCAACACUAUGACUAGUUCAAGAUUGGAGGUGAUUGUUAUCUCGCCAGAGACACUCAAGACAGCAUUGUUCAUCAAUGAGAAGAGGAAAGAGAGCAAUCUGAAGCCUUUGGAGAUAUAUGCCAUCACUUACUUUGAUGGAGUGGAGCAGGGUGGCGACUUCAAGCUCAGCUCCACCUACUUGCGAGAGUUGGAAUUCAAGAAACUACAAGCCCAAGGCCAGGCCCAGUAA